AUGUUGAUAUCUGCGGGCAACGGCCCCAUACCCGAAUUUUCUCCUUCCUCGUGCUGCGCGUCCUGGAAGAUGGAGCCAGCGCCAGCUGCCUCCAUAACACAGCCAUUGAAUAUAUCGCCAAACGUGCCAGUGUCACCAUCAUCAUCUGGAGGUUCGAACACCUUGUACGCGGGCGCCUCACACCCAUUGUCGUCUUUGUUGUCACAACAGCGGUUACUCGAACUGUCUCGCUUCGGUUUGCGUCACUACGACAUAGCUCAUCACGUGCUGUCUCAGCAAGGUGCUGUUACGAAGCUGCUUGGUACAUUAAGACCACCUGGUCUCAUCGGUGGCAGUAAGCCGAAGGUCGCUACUCCAGCAGUAGUUUCAAAGAUAGAACAAUACAAAAGAGAAAACCCUACCAUUUUCGCUUGGGAGAUACGAGAGCGGCUUAUUUCUGAAGGCGUCUGUACUAAUGCAACAGCACCCAGUGUGUCUUCAAUCAAUCGGAUACUCAGAAACAGAGCCGCGGAAAGGGCUGCAGCAGAGUUUGCUAGAGCAGCGGGAUAUGGUCUUUAUGCUGCACCACCUCCAUAUGGCGGGUUCCCUUGGGCCAGCGGUGGUGGUGUAUGGCCACCUGGAAGUCUGCCCCUACCUCCAGGAGUACCACCUUCUUCAGUUGGAGUACCUCAUCCAGAUGCAGUAAAACAAGGCUUUUUAUCGUCGUCGGGGCGUAGCUUAAUUGAUGUGGAUGGCGACGAUUCGGGAUCACUAGACGGGGAACAACCAAAGUUUAGGCGAAAUCGAACAACUUUCAGUCCUGAUCAACUAGAAGAGUUAGAAAAAGAAUUUGAAAAAUCACAUUAUCCCUGCGUCUCAACACGAGAACGAUUAGCCUCUAAGACUUCUUUAUCCGAGGCAAGAGUUCAGGUUUGGUUUUCCAACAGACGAGCCAAAUGGAGGCGCCACCAGCGCAUGAAUCUCCUCAAACGCGGUGGCUCUCCUUCGCACCGCCUCCCCCAUUCUCCCUCUCGUUCCCGUUCACGUUCUUUAUCCCCCACCCGAAUUCCCUACCACGCUCCUCAAAUGGGCGGUGAAAAUAGUGCUUUCAAAGCUUUAGGCCAUCAAGAUACUAACACACUGAAAGCCCUCACGCAUCAAAGCCAAUUCGAAACGAACGCACUAAAAGCUUUAUCCCAACAAACAACAUUUGAUAGCAACCCGUUUAAAUCACACCCAGCUCUAGAGAAUAGCGCAUUUAAAGCGCUCGUACCAAACUCAGCGGCAGCGGCGUUAUUGGCCGCACAAUCGAUACAAUUAGCCCGCGGAUAUGAAUCUCAUUCAGAUUCCGAUGAGGAAAUAAACGUUCACGAUGAGAGUGAAGACGAGGCCGAGAAACAGAUAAAUGCGAUGAGAUCUAGAUCACCGAGCCCGAGCCGACAUAGAAUGACGACGACCAAUGACGUGCCGCUACAAUUAACUAAGCAUGACCGUUGA